AAAAUUCGCGUGUGAACUUAAAAUAUGUGUGAGGGAAAUUGACAAAUAAGUACGACCAGUUUCAGUUACGAAACAGUUCCAGCCGUGCGUAGACCUUUCCAGAAAUGUCCUCCGUCACCGCGGAGAUCGAAAACUUGGCUCGAAGUUUAGUGACCGCAGCCUUUCCCGAUCGUAUCAGCUGUCCAAUCGAAAUAUCAAACAGCGCGUUGGAAAAUGGCGACAAUUUUCUGGGGUUAAUCUACAAUGUUUCAGUAAGUGACGACAACGGUACUAUUCACCUGGUUGUGAAGUUGGCACCUCAAGAAGACUACUUCAGGAUUGUGAUGCCAGUGCGUGAAAUCUAUAAAACGGAAAUAUUCGCCUACAAGGAAAUACUAUGCGAGUUUUCUCGAAUUCAGGACGAGAAAAAGUUGCCGCGCGAUUUUCAAGCGUUUGCCAGGAUGUACGCGUCGAGGACUGACAAUCUGCGAGAAUCUUUACUAAUGGAGAACGUAAAAAAGAGGGGGUUUAGACUUAUAAACCACCGAAUACCCGUAGACUAUCCCCACGCUUCGCUUGUUAUGAGGGAGAUGGGUAGGUUUCACGCACUUUCGUACGCAAUACGCGAUCAAAAGCCGGAGAUUUUUGACAGUUGGGAGGAUCAAUGCCAUGAGUACUUUUUCUCCAGUAGUAUUCAGGUGCCCGCAUUAAAGGGCAUAACUAGACUGGUCAGUGCAGUGGUGAACUCGUAUCCUCCGCACCAACGUGAAAAGGAGCGGAGAGCUCUAAAGGAAUUCGCAGGUGAUUUAUCAACCAUCUACAAAAGCGGCCUUGUUGUUAGCAGCGAUGAUAAAAAAUAUGCCGUUGUGGCUCACGGUGAUAUGGAAUUACGGAACCUUCUCUUCAAGUACGGGCAUGACCCCGAACAUCCUACCGAGCUGUGCAUUUUAGAUUGGCAAAUGAUGCAUCUAGCCUCACCCGCUUUAGACGUACUAUUUUUUCUUUUCCUAAGCAGUGACGGGGAGCUGAGAAAACAGUAUUACACAAAAUUAAUAGACGAAUAUUAUGAUAGCCUCUCGUCGUUCUUACGAGAACUCGGAAGCGAUCCUGAGGUUCUCCUUCCGUUUCCAAUCUUAUUAGAGCAUCUACGGAAGCUUUCGGGGUUUGUGUUGCUCAUUGCGAUUUGGCUACUAGCGACAAAUAUGAAAGAGAGCGAUGACGUUCCGGAUUUUUCGAAUAUUGACAGUGAGGACGUCCUUGUCACAAUGAUUUCUGUUGUACCCAAACGUGGAUACCUCCCGAGGAUUCGAGAGCUGGUUUCUGACAUGAUUGAGUUUGACUACCCAUUCUCUAAGCUAGUAGACCAAUGACGUACUAUAGCAUAUUUGAUUAUGGGUUAUGGGAUUAUUGUGAACUUACACAUUCCGGCAGUUAUAGCGGUCUAUACAGAGCCGUAUCAUGGAUUGAAAAGGAAUUUCAUUGUAAGAAAGGAAAAAUAGCAUCACCACUUGGACUUUAAUUGGUACUUACAAAUCAUCACCUGCACCAUAUCCAUCUCUACUGUUGAUAGAAGGUUGAAACGUUAGCCAUUUUCAAUAUUAUUAUAUUAUUGGAAUAUUAAUAAAUCGUAUUUGGGGGUAUUUUGGGGAGGUGAAACCAAA